UAUGGCGUCUGGUUGCUUAGCGCUGGCCCGUCUAAUCCUUAUCUGAGCACAUUAACCUGCAACAAUACAGUGUCUUUUGCUGUAAAAACGAUUCCUUUAUUUAGUUAUCAACAUAAUGUCGGACUCGGAGGAAGACAGUCAAGACCGACAGCUAAAAAUUGUCAUAAUUGGAGAUGGAGCUUCGGGAAAGACGUCUCUCGCCACCCGCUUUGCACAGGAGGCCUUCGGGAAACAGUACAAACAGACGAUAGGACUGGACUUCUUUCUGAAGAGAAUAACGCUGCCAGGCAACAUGAACGCCACACUACAGGUGUGGGACAUCGGGGGACAGACGAUAGGGGGGAAGAUGCUGGACAAAUAUAUUUACGGAGCUCAGGGUGUUCUUCUAGUCUAUGACAUCACAAACUACCAGAGCUUUGAGAACCUGGAGGACUGGUUCAGCAUGGUGAAGAAGGUGAACGAGGAGUCGGAGGUCCAGCCCGUCGUUUCCCUGGUGGGGAACAAAGUCGACCUGGAGCACAUGCGGACUGUCAAAGCUGACAAGCAUCAGCGCUUUUGCCAGGAGAACGGCCUCAUCAGCCACUUCGUAUCGGCCAAGACGGGAGAUUCUGUGUACCUGUGCUUUCAGAGAGUGGCAGCUGAGAUUCUGGGUGUGAAGCUCAACAAGGCGGAGAUCGAACAAUCUCAGCGCGUGGUGAAGGCAGACAUCGUGAACUACAGUCAGGAGCCGGUGACUCGGACAGUCAACCCCCCGCGCAGCUCCAUGUGUGCAGUGCAGUGACCCCCCCGCUCCCCCCACCCCGCCCCGUCCCAUCCUCCCCCCGGUGGUGAAUCUGCAGCACAGCCAGGGCUCUCUCUGACUGCCCGGAGCAGAGAGGCCUGAACAGCAGCUCCCACACCGAGACUCCCCUCCACAGCUGCAGGCCGCACAGAGGGGAGAGAGCAGUGCAGAGCCCCGGCAGAUCCACAGCCCCACACACACACACACACGCUCACACACACACGCUCGCUCACACACACACGCUCAC